UGGUACGUAAAACCACCGUUGGUUGGGAGAGCGCCACGAGAAACAGAACGCUAACUGCUAAUCCAAAAAGCUACCAACGAUUAAUUAAACGCUUCUGCUCAUGCUCCGCCCUCCCAUCUCUGCGACGCCGCGAUCCGCCGCGCUCAAUUUCACGAAUCGGAAGCUACCGGCAUUCUCCCUCCUCACUCGCAACUUCCUCGCAAACAUGUCGUCAUCCAGAUCGGCGGCGGCGUACCAGGUUCCGGGGCUGAGUCGGGAGGACAUGGAGAGAGCGACGGCGGAGGAGAUCAUUCCGAGGUACAGCUCGUCAGCGAAGGAUGCCGCCGGUAGAGGAAAAGGGGUGGCGAUUGUCUGGUUCCGGAAUGAUUUGAGGGUUUUGGACAAUGAGGCUCUGUACAAAGCUUGGGUUUCUUCCGAUUCCGUGUUGCCGGUCUACUGCGUGGAUCCCAGGCUAUUCUCGACCACUCAUUACUUUGGUUUCCCCAAAACCGGAGCCUUGAGGGCUCAAUUCAUCAUACAGUCAUUGGCUGAUUUGAAGAGGAAUUUAAUGAAACGGGGUCUUAACCUAUUCAUUCAGCACGGGGAACCUGAGGAGAUUCUACCCUCACUUGCAAAGACCUAUAAUGCUCACACAGUUUAUGCCCAAAAGGGAACAUGCAGUGAGGAGCUGAAGGUUGAAAGGGCAGUGUCCAAGAACUUGGGAAAUGUCAUACGACCAUGUUCGUAUUCUAAGAAUGUUACUACUCCUACCAGGUUAGAACUUCUAUGGGGUUGCAGUAUGUACCAUAUUGACGACCUUCCGUUCAACAGUAAGGACUUACCAGACGUAUAUACCCAAUUCCGUAAGUCUGUUGAAUCCAAAUCGAUAAUUCGGAAUUGCAUAAAGAUUCCUGCAUCACUUGGUCCUUCUCCCAAUAUUCUAGAGUGGGGAUCCAUUCCUGAAGUGGCCGAUCUUGGGCUUCAUCCAGCCGAGGUAUCCAAAGGGAUGAAGUUUAUGGGUGGUGAAAUUGCAGCUCUCGCCAGAGUACAUGAGUAUUUUUGGAAGAAGGAUUUUCUAAAAAUGUAUAAAGAAACCAGAAAUGGAAUGCUAGGACCUGAUUAUUCAACUAAGUUCUCUCCUUGGCUUGCUACCGGAUGCCUCUCUCCUCGCCUAAUUCAUGCUGAAGUCAGGAGAUAUGAGAAGGAAAGACUAUCAAAUGCGUCAACAUAUUGGGUUUUAUUUGAGCUGAUGUGGAGGGAUUACUUUAUAUUUCUCUCAAUAAAAGUGGGUAAUUCACUUUUCCAUCCAGGUGGGCCUCGUAAUUUAACCUACAAUUGGAGCAAAGACCAGAGGUUGUUUGAAGCUUGGAAAAAUGGUCAGACUGGGUACCCUCUGAUUGAUGCCAAUAUGAAAGAACUUCUUACUACCGGAUUCAUGUCAAAUCGAGGACGUCAGAUUGUUUGUUCUUUUCUUGUUCGAGAUAUGGGCAUUGACUGGAGGAUGGGGGCUGAAUGGUUUGAGACAUGCCUCUUGGAUUAUGAUCCAUGCUCCAAUUAUGGUAAUUGGACUUACGGUGCAGGUGUUGGCAAUGACCCAAGAGAGGAUCGUUAUUUCAGCAUUCCAAAGCAAGCACAAAACUAUGAUCCAGAAGGGGAGUUUGUAGCUUACUGGUGUCCGGAGCUACGAGCACUCCCAAAAGAGAGGAGACAUUCCCCCGGGCUAUCGUACAUCAAGCCAAUUGUUCGUCUCAAACAUGGACACACCGGUCGAUCCAAUGAUACAUCACGCUCUCCGGCCGCGAGAAGAAUGGGGCAGGAGGAGAGGAGGAACAGAUGGAAGGGUCAUUAGUAAACUAACUCUAUAUGGAUCAUAACUUCAGUUUGGAUGGGAUAUCAGAAUGGUAUUUGAACACAUGCUCAUUGGGGUUUUCAGAAAUUGUGUGCAUUUUAUUUACUUUGUGGUCCUUUUGGAAAUAUGUACAAUGCCUUUUGGAAACAGAUAUCUAGAAAAUAAAUUCAUUUUCUAGUA